AUGACCCGUAGAGAAGGUAUAGGGUCUGACAGUGAAGAAGAGCAGAAUCAGUUGAUUUCACAGGAAGUAGCAUCAAUGGAAGAAAUAAAGUCAUUGAAACAACAGAUGAAGGAGAUGUGUCAAUCUUGGUUGAAUGGACAAGCCCCGCCUUCUUCAAUUCCUGGACUUUCGACUUCAAAUGAUCCAAAUUCUAACCCAGAUCAAACUAGUGAUCCAUUCUACCCAGCAGGAUUUGGACGAUUUGUUAAUAUGUAUGGUGUUGCUGGUACUUCUACCAUGCACCUGCCAAAUCCAUCUGUCGCAAAUAACCCGCUUUUAAGUUCUGUAGCACCAGCUUCUGCUGGUACUCAAUCGACAGUACCGAAGAAUAUAGGGAAACCAAGUCAUGAUAUGUUAUAUCCUCCUGAAAUGACUUUCAAAUCCCAAAAUCUACCUUAUUAUGUUCAUCAGCACGAUACUCCUAUCGUGAUUGAGAAGAUUGCUAAGAAUGAGGAACAGGAGGAGAUGACUAGAAAAGUUAGAAACCUGGAGCAGAGUAUAAGAAAUUUGCAAGGAUUAGGUGGACCAAAAAGUGUUUCAUACAAGGAUUUAUGUAUGUUUGCUGAUGUCCAUUUGCCGAUAGGGUUCACAAUGCUAAAAUUUGACAAUUAUGAAGGACACGGUGAUCCUGUAGCUCAUUUGAAAAAGUUUUGCAAUUAA